AUGCCCAAAUACCAAAAUCUGUCCAACAACAAAGGACGCAAGAUACUAAUAGCGACAGUGCUCAUUUCACUCAUUUUGGUAACAAUUACAUUCUUUUCAGGAUCUCUUUUCCCAGCAAAAGAUUUGCAAGGGGUGAUCUCGAGUUUACCAAACGAUAAACUUCUCGGCUUAUCCAACUUUUUGUCAUCGGAAAACAGCAAGAACCAAGAUGAGUUACUAAACAAGAUUGAGAAAUUAAACAAAAAACUACUUCAAGCCCAAGAGGCCAAAAUCAAUAAAUUGGAAGAGCAAAACAAGUUGAUCUUGAAGGAGUUGAAAUUGUUGAAAACUCCAUCGUCACAGGCGUCAAUAAGAGAUAAAUUGACAUACCUAUAUCCCUAUGAUUCAGAAAGUAAAUUUCCAGCAUACAUUUGGCAAUCGUGGAAACACGGGUUGAAUGAUGAUAGAUUUGAUGAGAAAUUCCGUCAAGGUGAAUCACAAUGGGCGUUUAAAAACCCAGGAUUUGUUCAUGAAUUAUUCAAUGAUGAUACCGCGCAUACGGUUAUCAAGUAUCUCUACCUGCAAGUUCCUGAAGUUGUUGAAACGUUUGAAUUGUUGCCGGAAACGAUUAUGAAGAUGGAUUUCUUCAAGUACUUGAUACUUUACGCCAAAGGUGGGGUUUAUGCUGACAUUGACACAUACCCAUUGCAGCCAAUUCCCAAUUGGACACCGGAAAAUGUAAGUCCUAUGGACAUCGGUGUCAUCAUAGCCAUUGAAUCGGAUUCUUCAUCUCCUGAGUGGAGGAAAGAACAAAUUCGUCGAUUACAAUUUGGCCAAUUUGUAAUUCAAGCCAAGCCUGGUCAUCCAAUCUUGCGUGAAGCCAUCGCUGAGAUUAUUGAGCAAACAAGUUUGAAACAAUUGGAAAAUAUGGCAUCUUCUGGUGCUGCUCCAUUGAAGUUGAACGGCAACACUAACGAAAGGUCCUUAAAAAUUAGUCAAUGGACAGGCUCCGCAAUUUGGACUGAUGUGGUGUUCAAAUACUUUAAUGACUACAUCCAAUCGUCAGUGUUCCAAAAGGUAACAUGGAAGGAUUUCCACAACUUGCAAACCCCGAAAUUGGUUAGCGAUAUUUUGGUAUUGCCCGUGAAAUCUUUUGCUAGUGACGUAGAGGUACCAAAGGACGGUAAAAUUGAAGACCCAUUGGCAUUUGUGAAACAUUACGCUGCAAAAAUUUGGAAGAGUGGUUGA